GGAGUUUGCACAGAAGCAGGCGUUGCUCGGGCGCACCGCAAUUUGGGGCGCCGAUGAACGAAGAUCCACGGCACACCCUAAAUGGACCCGGCCAGCGACACCGUCGUCAACCCCAAUAAACCCCUUUCAGGGCAACGUACAAGGCGAGCAAUUUUGCGCAAUACCAGGCCGCCGCCAUUGAAGACAGACGGAGAAGUCCAAGCCGUGGAAAACAACGGCCAGAUUCAUGCGGCGCCUCGAAGUCCUCCGGGAUCCGAAUUUGGCCGGUGCGGGAGUAGCAAGGAACCUGUUUUUGCGCGACCGGUGUCAGUGGAAUGGAGCACCAGUGGGUGCACACAAGGAACGCUAUCCUCGGCCGCACAGAAGGAAGGCUCUGCAGCUCUCAAGCUGUCGUUGAACGUCAGCACGCGCAGAGCAAAGCCGUGGGGGCGGUCGCGCGGAACAAAUGAGAGUGAAGCAGAACGGGACACGCUAACCGUGUGCCCCGAUGUCCACGUCAUCUGUUCCCACCGUCCCAGCCACUUGCGACACGUGGCACGACAUGAUGAUAAUGAUGAUGACGGUGAUGAACACGAUGAUGGUGACGAUUACGGUGGUGAUGUUGAUCCGGGCGACGAUGUCGCUGACGAUGAUGACGAUGUUGACGUCGAUGAUGAUGUCGAUGAUGAUGUUCGUGAUGAUGAUGAUUGUGAUGACGACGAUGAUGACGAUGACGAUGAUGACGAUGUUGAUGAUGACGAUGAUAACGAAGAGGACGAUGGUGGUGAUUUCGACGACGGCGACGAUGUCGUUGAUGAUGAUGAUGUUGUUGAUGACGCUGAUGAUGUUGAUGAUGAUGUCGAUGAUGAUGACGAUGUUGAUGACGUUGACGAGGUUGAUGAUGAUGUUGUUGAUGAUGAUGAUGAUGUUGAUGAAGAUGAUGAUGAUCACGAUGACAAUGAUGGUGAUGAUGAUGAUGAUGAUGAAGAUGAUGACACUGAUGGCGGUGGUGACGAUGAUGGUGAUGAUCGAGGCGAUGAUGAUGAUGAUGAUGGCACGCAAGAAUCAUGGGGCCGCUCCCAUGGGCCGGCAAACAUGCCUGACACGUGGGCAGGCCGAACAACACUUUACCUUGAAGAGGGCACAACGCACACGAUGGCGCUGCUCUUUGACGGCUCAGAGUUCUUCGAGGAGGCGCAGUUCUUCGACGACGGCGAAGCGCACACGAUGGCGCAACUGUUCGACAAGGGGUUGCGUGAUGGAGGGGACCUUCUCGACACCACGCAUCUUCGAGUCGAUCUUCUCGAGACCACAGGCCAUGAGUGCCGAGACGCAAAUUCGCUUAGCAGAACCUUUUCGUCCUUGUGCGAAAUCCACAAUAUGUCUUCGUCCAGGGGCGAAGGGGAGCCUGCAGCGACCUCUGAGAUGGGAUCUGGGAAAGAUUCUACAAAACGGUCGUCUACGACCUCGAGGACGUGGUCCGACCACGCUAGGUCGAAAUGGUUCGUUGGCUGGUGCUCUGCUGAUGCUACGAACCCAGUCCAACAGCCGUAUGGUCCUGUGAUCUUCGUCGAAGCCAACAAGCACCGCAGGGUUAUGGGGGCUGUCUUGCGGUGGGAGAAUACGAAAGGCAGUUGUCGACUGUUCUACAUGAAAAAUGUGUACGGUUCGAAGGGGAACGUCGUCGCCGGUGCCAAGGGGGCAGUUUUCGACAUGUGUCUAUUCGAGGGGUUCGGAGCGGGUGCUGCGAACACCCCGUUCUACAACGACCUCCGGCGACAGGGCGGGUUUGUUUUGGGUCGAGAGUUCUUCGACCUGUUGGAGGACAAGGACAUUGCCCUCGACGUCCCUUGCGAAGUCGGUCCCGACCUGGAACUGUCAAUGCCUUUGCAGCCGUGCGGCGGUUGUGAGUCGAGCGGGGCAGCGGGGGAGGGGGGGGAUCUGGGUUCCAGGGAGGCUACACAUGUGCAGCGAGAGGAUGCCAGAGGUCAGUUUGACGACAGUGAAGAUGAGGCGACACCGCGUCCUCCGUUUCCCCGUCGAGGGAAAGAGACAGGUCAGGGAUUGGAUGACGAGUUGUGGGAUAACGGCAGGAAACACGUUUCCGACUUGGCGUUGUUCAAGGACUGCCCGCCGUAUAUGGGUUGCGACCAGGACAACUCGAUUGAGGUGACGGAGAAGUUGGCGGGCCACAAGAAGUUGUCCGUCGACUGGAGAAACAAGGUUCUCUCCGUGUUGAAUGGAAGCAGACUGAAGAGCCGGAAAGUUGCACUUGCCGAAGGCGUCGUUCACAUUAAAUGGAAAGACACGGGGGACGUGACAUCCAUCUCGCCGUUCGCCAACAACCCUUUAGAGGCGGACAUUAGGGGCGCAGAGCUGAAGGAGGCAGUGACUGCCACAAAGAGCCACACGUUCGUCCUCGAUCUUUGCGAGCCGGUUGACCUCAAACUGUGGAAGCCCCAAGCGUGGGAGACUUUGAAUUCCUAUCUUCAGACGUGGUGUCCCUCGCAUUACACUCUCGUUGUUUUCGUGCCGCGGCAGCACAACCUGUCAUUUCUCGCCAGCAUGCACCAUCUUUCUUUCGUCAAGCUGUUGGAAGGGAAGUGGGGCAGCGUCUAUGGGGAUAUCGAAUGCAAUCCGACCCAAUUCGUCGGUCUUCUUGAUUUUCUUGGCAAGAAGGGAGAGGGUGUCGUGUUCCUUGCGAAACCGCACGCGCGAAGCGUCUGGGAGCUUCUGAAGGCCGGUUGGGACGUUGUCGCAAUGGAAUGGAACUUCGACCUCUUGCAAUUCAUGAUGCAGGUGGUGAAAAGCGAGGUCAAUUCGAGUGGGCACAAUUGUGAGUUCAUGGUCGUGAGGCCAACACGGGAUAAGUCGCUGUACUUCGUGGAGUCCAAGGAGCAGUUGAAGUUAGCCAGUUACGCUUCCCUGAUCUCCACUGACGACGAGGAAGCCAUAGAUGUGGAGUUUGUCGCCAACGCGAAGGAGGAGGAGAGCGACAUGGAGAGCAUCGACCUGCAGUACGACCCGCCUCCGGCGGACCACGGACGAGGCGAGUGGGUCAUGGCUGUGGCAAUCCCGAGCGCGGGAUGGGUGUCAUUCCCACGCGAGUCGAAGUCAAACUUCCUGCAUCUCGCGAGGAUUUCGGUCCUCCAGAAAGUGAAGGUCGAAAAUGACACUUUACCACCCGACGACCUGUCCCUCAUUUCCACUGCCGGUCGACUGUUCGAUGAGCUUCAGGACAAGUGCUGGUUGGAAUUGACGGAGGACUACUACGAGCUCGACACGAGUCCGUCGAAGGGCGUGGUGGACUGGAAAGUGUCCCCUCCCAAUGGGUCGGACGGUGGUUCCGGGGGGGGGUCACCUGGAGGCGGAGGGGAUGGGGGUGGCGACGCAGGGGGUGGCAAAGGAAUCCCGCCUAUGGGGGAGAGAGGGUCUCACGGCCGCAACACGACACCGGGAGGCAGCGCCGGGGUGGCGGCCUUGGUUGCUUUGGGCAGUCGCUCGGCCGGAAAGCCGAAGUCCGCCGAGAUCCGAACUACGUCGGGUGAGGAGCCGCCAGAGCGGUCCGGAAUGCGAAGCUGCUCGGGGUCGGGGGAUCCAAGCACGGAUCGAGAAAUUCGCAGCAUUGUGGCGCGGGACGGAGACGUCGGUUCGGUGUCGCCUGAGCGGGAGCGACGGCCGCAAGGAUUGCACCGGGAGGCUGCAAGUGCAGGGUCCGGCAACACGGAGACCACGAAGUCCGUCGUGAUCCGAACUUCUUCGGGCGGGGUUUGUCGGCCAGGGAUUGUCGUGUCGUUGAGAGGGGCAUCGUGCACGGGGACGGAAGGGCGGUCCUCGCGAUUCGGCACGGGUACCGCGGAAGGGGACGAGUUUCGUGGGAGGGAAGAAGGGGAGGAAACGGAGGAACAGAAGGGAGCGCAAGAAAGGGAGGAAGAAGGGGAAGAAGAGGUGGAAGGGGAGGAAGCGGGAGAAACGGAGCUAAUUGAUUUGUUUGAAGGAAGGGAGGGUGCCGGGUCUGGAGAAGACGAAGUGGAACACAGUGAGGACGAUGCCGGAUCUGGAGAGUCGUCUGACGAGUUCGAACAACUGUACGGAGAGCAUCACGAGGAUGAUGUCGACGACGAUGCCACCGCGAUAGAGAUGGAGACACAAGUGGUCAGCAGCCUUUCCGCAGAGCCUGAAGAUUAUGCAGUCCGGCCACUGACGUCUGCUGUCGACUUGCAGCACCGGUUCGACGAGGCUUCCGUCGCUAUCAGCCCGUCUGAAAAAAGUCGACGUAUAAGCAUCGACGAAGUUAUCGACGGUAUCCUCGGCGACCACAACGUGUCUGCCCGUCCGUCCGCCAUUGCCAACGUCGCAUCUUCCGUGGGAGCUGCCCUCGCUUCGUCGCUGCCGAAGUCUCUGGUGCUGCAGGCCACCCUUGCCGUCGAAGGGGAAGGCGAGUGCGGUGGAGGACAGCAUGUGACGUCCCCAAAAAAAUCAAGGUUCGGCGGUCAGGCUCUCGACGUGCGCGCUUUGCCUGCGCCAAAUUCACCAUCGAAGGAGCGGAGAGAGAAACAGACUGGUAAGCAGUGAAGAACGCCUGCGCAUCCGGAUGUC